GUGCGCAAGAUCCCACGGCUCAAGUUCAGCCCGCUCGUCGACGCUUCGAGACUACGCCUCCAAUUUUCAGUUUCUGACUCUCAAGGAAACAUCAAGCUCUUCAAGAUGAAGCUGUGGUUUGUUGCUGCCAUUCUUAUCUCCGUUGCGUUUCCAGCCGGUGAGUGAUUUCAUCGUAAAAUGCUUUUUUUCUUUCAGAUUCCUUUCGGAUUGCAGCGAGCAACUUAAAGGCGAAGCCAGCCUUGUAAAUCAUUUUAGAUUCGCCGUCAGUGCAAUAAAAUAGAGAAUAAAGCAAUGUUACAUAUCAAUUUAUCGCAAUUGAAAUGAAAACAUCGGAGUCACUAAGGUCGCUUCGAGCCUUCAGACAGAGAGUGAUACACGAGACAAAAAAUUAGUCAAUUUCAACCGCACAGUACAAAAACAUUCUUAUAACCCCAACAAUUUAAUCGAUGAUUUGAACUCCGAUAAAAACAGAACCCUACGAAAGCCGUAAAGGAACAAUCCAAAAAUAUUUUGCAAAUCCGAAAAAAUAUUAAGGAUCGAUGUCUUUCAGACAAAUCGCUUUUGAAAAGUUUGUCAGAUCGAAAAAACAAUUUAAAUCCUGGUUUAAUUCAAAGAUCUGCAAAUAACAUGAAGAUCGAAAACAGUUUACAACCCAAGAAUCUUUCCAAAAUCCAGAAAAUUUCCUCAAAUCGUGAAGAACAUUUUGUCACCUGACACUUGCGCCAGUAGUCAGUACCUUGUCUCGAUUCAGUACAUUGUGUCGCAUUAAGUUGCGCUAGGUCGACUUGGAGUCAUUACGUGAACGUGCUAAGCUGUACCAAGAGUUUAUUAAACUGUUUUCAGACUUUGGGGCAUAUUUAUGCCAAACCUAAGGAUCCUGUCGUGAAAGAACAACGAACCGACGCUAUUUAUUCUAUUCCGUGCAUUGAUUGUGAUUAUGAGUGUAUAGGACAGAUCAAGCGUCAGUUUGGUACACGUUUGAAAGAGCAUCAAAAAGCGGUCUUCUUUUGCAAAAAAGAAAAUUCAGCUUUAUCGGAGUACAUACGCCUGACCAACCAUACAAUUGGGUGGAAUAAUUCUAAAAUUAUCAAUACCAAUCGGCGUUGCUAUCAGCGCCUUUGUUUGGAAGCCUGGCAUAUCAAGUCCGCCCACGCUCCUUUAAAUCGUGAUGAUGACAGCUUACUUCCUGACGCCUAUUUACACCUCGUCACAAAAAAAGACAGCUAAUUAGAGAGCGAAAAAGAGACCUCUUGUUGCAGCGUUUAGGUUAGCUUACGUGUAGCUGUACCCUCCCCCACAAGCGCUCGUAAAAUUUGCAUGAUCAUGUCUCGGGAACAUCAAUAUUGUGGUUUGUUCUUAGCUUGUUCCACAUCGCACGAUUGUCAGAUUCUUUGUACACGUUCAACGCAGACCCACACGAAGGCACGUUUUUUAAACUUUGCAAUGUUUUGUUUGUACAGUAGUGACAUUUGAUCUGAGCGAUUGACAUUUGAAAUUAAUAAUUAAUGUAUAUUCACGUAAUCUGUGUAGCUUUCGUCAUGGAAAAGGGACAUUCAUCGCGAUCGACACUAGAUUAGGUUGUAAAUAGGCACCAAUUUCAAUUAUACGACCUGAAGGAUAUCCAAGAAGUGAUGGAGAGCCUUCGAUUUCGCGUUUAACUAUUUCCCGAACUUCGUGCACUGAAUGGACUUCAGUUCUAUUUCUCAACCCAUACUCACGCAACCAUCUCUUUAGAGUCCUCAAGUUCAUAGAAAUAUCAUGGUAUUUUUCUAAAAACUGAACAAUAGUAUUAUAACGAAAUCCUCUUUCAAAGUAAUGUUCAAUGGCAGAUCUCUCCUCUGACGAACUGCACAACACAUUUUUCUGUUUGGGUCUCUUCAAUGUUCCACAUCGACGGCAGAAUACCUCAUUGCUCGCAAAUUCUUUUCCAAAUUUGUAGUAGAACAUCGCAAUACACCCAAUACAGUUUAGUGAGUCCGUCCGCGCACAGGUGGCCUAAGUUCCAGCUGUGAGAUGAUCAUCUUGCGAAGGAAGAGUCAUGGCGGAAUUAUAAGAGUUUGUAUGGGAAUUUUUACUACCGCUCUUAGGAAAAAAAAUAUUGUCAAAUUCUCAAUAAAACAACCUCACCUUACUUCCACAGUGCAUCGCUUGCUAUCUGACCGCUUACUAUGUUGAAAAGAACCCAUUUGAGAGAGUUACCAUUUCUACGUUCACUGCGUACAUAAGAAAAUGGCUUUUCUUAUGUGCGUAAUAACGUACGCAUCGCCUUGUGUACAUUACUCUUUCUUUCUUUCUUUCUCCUUCUCUCUUGGUGCGAUUUGAAGAUAAAGUGAGUUUCGGUUGCCUUGAAAUGCUCUUAUGAGGGACGAUUUUCAUAUUCUUGUGAGGUAUAAUUUUGUGAUUUCGCCCUAAUAACACCUUGAAAGCGAGUAUUCAAAUCAGAUCGGUAUGUUCUUCUCAGACAAUGUUGUGCACACGGUUAAAACACUGCGCGAAAUGUUUUUUCAUUUCUAUAAUAUGGAUCGUUGAAAAAAAAAACUACGAAAAAGAGUGUUUUCAAUUAUAAGUCAGUCGAAUCUAACCAAAAAGCUUCACAAAUACAAGCCAAGCCUGUCCAACUUCAAGAAACUCCUAAUAUAUCGUUCCAAGCACUUCAAUGGACGAAGACAAACAAUCGCGUGAUAUUGCAAAGCGUUUUGCUAAAAAGGAGAAAAUCAUGAUUUUCCUUUUUUUUUUCUUUUAACUUUUGAGAAUCGUUAUUUGCGUAAAGCAAUUUUCGUUCAAGAUUGUUGAAAGACAUCAACAUAAUUAUUAGUAAUUGUUGUUGAAAAUAUCGCGUUUACGAUCCUCCACUUUUUGAGUUAUGCGUGUGAUUUUUGAGUCGUCUUGUGCACCAUCAGUUGCCUCACGUUUUCCUUUGUUUACAUAGUAUGUAAUAACGAAAUUUAUCUAUAUUCCUUUAAUCAUUGACCUUGUCGGAUGAGAUCAUGGAAUUUCUGGUCCUUAGCCCUUAACUUAGCAGCAUAUAGAAUUCACAAGCGCUAUCAUCAGCAAUUUUAACGUUGAUACCUUUGCUAUAUGAAAUCAUUGUUUGUACAAUCGUACAAGGCAAUCUUCUUCUCUUUUCAGAAACACAAUUUUCCUUUUUUUGAUACAAUAAACACACGCUUGAGUGUCAUGUCACCCGAUGCCUCUUACUUACCUAGUUUUCAAUGAUAUUCAAAGGCCAUCGCUGUAAUUGUUAGUUCAGAACAGCAAGCGGCACCUGUCAUUUCCAUUUCUUAGCUGACAAGUGGCAUCGUGUGCGGCACUGUCUAGGAUGGUAAACAGUUUUUAAUUUUAGGUUUAUAAUCGAAUGGAUCUGGACAGAGAUACCGAUCCCUGCAUGCUAGCUAGCUGUCAUGUCGUGCUUAAUCUGUCCUCGCUUUAUUGAAAUUUCGAUUGUCUAAAUUUAUUAGAGAUAAAUUAUAGGGAUUGCAAAUUGGCCCAUAGAGGGGUGGGGAAGGGAGGACAGGGCCACACCCCUAGGUCACCGGUGACCUGCCUCGGAACUAUUUGAAGUUAUUUUGCUCUUUCCCGAGGGUUUCGAUGGGCUGAUAGCUUUUACGGCUAACGGUUAUAUCAUUCCAUUGUUGUCACGAGAAAUUUUUUUUACGGUUAACCUUUUUUACAACUAUCGAUUAGCAUUUGUCAAUUUUUUUUUUUGCCUCACGGCUAUUUCUCUUUCUGUCGUUUACAGCCUUUCCCUAUGUAAACACAUUAAACGGAGUCUUAAAGUAAAGUUACUAUAAAGCGACUUUAUUUUCUGAUCUUUUGAAAUCAAGCAGUGUCUUGAGUUCCACGGGUUUGUACUUAGCGUUGUAUUAUGGUGUUGAAACGCAGAAGCAAUUGAAGUCCUUUAAUUACUUUGUAGUCUUAGAAGUUAAUUAAAACUCUUUCUGUAAGGGCAGAAAAUUAUCAGAGAAAUAUUUAGUGAGUAAAUAAGGGUGCUGGUUAUCGAAAUGUUAAAGGAUCAAAGUAAAUUGAAUUUGCUUCUUUGCAUUAAUGUAAUGAUUAUGCGUAAAAUUUCAAGUUUUGUCUCUAAUUUCUCAUUUGGGAAAAAAUAGGUCAGUUAAUAACGGUAGAAAUUGUUAUCUCAUUCAUCUUCAUUUAAGCGUUCCUUGUCGUGUGUGUUUUCAGUUAUGGGUUUGAAGUGCAUGACCUGCACCAGUGCUGAGUCGUGGGAUAAAUGCGAAGGAAAAAGUACGACCUGCGUGGCUUCGCUGGCCGAUCAAUGUGUGAAACUCCACUAUAAAGCUGGCCCAGUCGAAACGUUCUUUAAAGGGUGCGGAUCUGAUGUUUACUGUGAUGAAAAAACCAACCCUUCUUGUAAAGCUAAAGCUACCAAUGCAUCCUACGAGUGUAACAUCAACUGCUGCACAGGCGACGACUGCAAUGCUGGCGCAGCAACCCGCAUCACCGGUAUUGUCUUGUUGUCAUGCGCCCUGGCCUCUCUGAUGAUGUUUUUCAAAGCCUAAGACUUGAAUGAGGCUGAGGUCCAGCACGGCUCAUGAUCAAGGCUGCAACUAGUUAUACGCUUUUUUGAAGUAUGUCAGUAUUGAAUUAGGAUGGAACAUCUUGCUUAAGACAUAGUAGUCGUCGAUAGGACGAUCUUCGUGAGGCGGAGAUGAAGUCAGGCCGAUUUAUACCUACAAGAGAUGAUGCUAGUCCAUCAUAGUCUGUCACGUACUGCAUGUGCUUAUUAGUUAAAGUAAAAUAGAGGCUUUUUUAAAUUUUGUUAAACGAUGCAGC